AUGGCUGAUGCUGAGGAUAUUCAACCUCUUGUUGUUGACAAUGGAACUGGAAUGGUCAAGGCUGGUUUUGCAGGGGAUGAUGCUCCUAGGGCCGUGUUCCCCAGUAUUAUUGGGCGACCUCGUCAUACUGGUGUAAUGGUUGGGAUGGGACAGAAGGAUGCUUAUGUGGGUGAUGAAGCUCAGUCAAAGAGGGGUAUCCUUACAUUGAAGUAUCCUAUAGAGCAUGGAAUAGUUAGUAACUGGGACGACAUGGAGAAGAUUUGGCAUCACACAUUCUACAAUGAGCUUCGUGUUGCUCCUGAGGAACACCCUGUGCUUCUUACCGAGGCACCACUAAAUCCCAAGGCCAAUAGAGAAAAGAUGACCCAGAUUAUGUUUGAGACUUUCAAUGUGCCUGCAAUGUAUGUUGCAAUCCAAGCUGUCUUGUCUCUGUAUGCCAGUGGACGUACAACAGGUAUCGUGCUUGAUUCUGGUGAUGGUGUGAGCCACACAGUGCCCAUAUAUGAAGGGUAUGCCCUUCCUCAUGCAAUUCUUCGGUUGGACCUUGCUGGGCGUGAUUUAACAGAGUACUUGGUGAAAAUUCUUACCGAGAGAGGAUACUCCUUCAGCACCUCUGCCGAGAAGGAAAUUGUCCGGGAUGUGAAAGAGAAACUAGCAUAUGUUGCUAUUGAUUUCGAACAAGAAAUGGAGACUACUAAGAGUAGCUCUGCCGUGGAGAAGAGCUAUGAGUUGCCUGAUGGACAGGUCAUAACAAUAGGUUCUGAGAGAUUCCGUUGUCCUGAAGUACUCUUCCAGCCUUCUCUAAUCGGUAUGGAAGCUACUGGAAUUCAUGAAACUACAUACAAUUCCAUCAUGAAGUGUGAUGUUGAUAUUAGGAAGGAUCUAUAUGGAAAUAUUGUUCUUAGUGGAGGGUCUACUAUGUUUCCUGGAAUUGCUGAUCGAAUGAGCAAGGAAAUCAGUGCUCUUGCUCCAAGCAGCAUGAAAAUCAAGGUGGUUGCACCUCCUGAGAGGAAAUACAGUGUCUGGAUUGGUGGUUCUAUCUUGGCAUCACUCAGCACCUUCCAGCAGAUGUGGAUCUCCAAGGGUGAAUACGAUGAAUCUGGUCCAGCUAUUGUUCACAGGAAGUGCUUCUAA